AUGUUUUUCUUCACAGGUUCAGGUUCAAGGAUGUUGUGGCUUGUCAACGUGUUGGCCUACCUCAUCAACGCUGUGGUCGUUGGUGGGAGCAACUUUGGCUGGUGGGGGGCUACGAAUGCCGAGGUUUCUGACGACAACCCGACUUUCGUCACGCCAAACGGUUGGGCGUUCUCCAUCUGGGGCGUCAUCUUCUUUUUCGAGGCAGUUUUCGUAAUCUGGGGAGCGUUCCGGAGCAACCGGGACUCUCGCGUCGUGCAAGAAGGCGUAGGCUGCUGGUUCGCGAUCGCUUGCCUCAUCCAGGCGGCCUGGAGCAUCGUGUUCGCGCAGGAGCUGCUCAUCGUGAGCGCCAUCCUCCUGUGCCUUAUCACGUUGUCGCUCACCCUGGCGGUGAUUUCCCUCAGCCUGAUCCAGUGCGAGGAGGGGAUCACGUUGUUCACCCUACCCUUCUGGGGCGUGUAUUUCCCGAUAGGCUUGCACGGAGGCUGGACUCUGGCGGCCGCCAUCGUCAACAUCAACGUGGCGCUCGAGCUGAGGGGCGACACUGGCUCUGAGCUUGCCGCCCUCAUCCUCAGUCUCGUUGGGGCGGCCUUGGGAGCGGCCUUCAUCUCGCUGGUGUUCCACAACCAGCCGUACCUCCUGGCUGUUGCUUGGGCCAUCGCCGGGAUCGCGUCCAAGCAAGACUACCGGUUCGUCCAGCUCGGGAAGGACUUGUCUGACGGCGUCAACGUGGCGCUGCAAGGGUUGUGGAUCGGGCUGCUGUGCAUCGGCGUCUUGGGCAUCCUCGUCGGGGUGAGGCAGAUGAACCGGGCGGAGGCGGAGGUGAUACACAAGAGGCGCCCGAUACCCUCCGCCCCGGGCAAUCCGGCAGACCGCGACCUCACCUCGGCAAUCUACUCGUCUUGAUCCCGGUCUGCUGCUUCUUUUUUUUUUUUGCCAUGACCGUCUUGUGGAACUGCCUGCCUCUUCUUCCUCGAUAGAGGUGUUGUUUUGAGGCUGCUGCGCGUGCGUUGCGCGUAAGCGUGGCUGGGCGUGUCUGUCUGCGCUUCCGCAGCAGCAGUCCAAGUCAACAUCGCUCGCCUUUGAUUUUUAUUUUCUCACCUUUCCUGCGUUUCUGUUCGUGAAGGGCGGACGUCGUGAAAUGAGAUCGCGGAGAGAUUGGGAUAGGGGAGAGGCCCCCGCUUGUGCUUGAACUUUUUUCGAAUUCUUGUACGUAUAUCGUACACUCUUAUUGCUGGGCUCCUUUAGUCAUACGGUAUUUUAAACAAGUCUGCUGCGAGCGGCGUCAAAGUCUUUUGGACCGCUUGCGCGUCGCCGACAAACGUGCUGUGCCAAGGUCAAGAGGUGAACAACAGCCCCAGAGUUUUUUUGUGUGAAGUACUUAAAGUUGCCCGUUGCAUUCGCCGGGGGAUGGAUUGCUAUUGGAGGAAGGGGCGUUUCGGCCGUUCCGUUUUUGUUCUAAGGUCUUCUAGAGAUGGAUUUUGUUUUCAUGAUUAUUUUUGUAACCUCGAUUGAUUGUAGCAUGCGUGAUACGAUUGUGUGGCAAAGCCGGGGUUGCGCCUAUUUCUUCACUGUCCAUUUUGGGGAAAAGCCAAGCUUUUGGUCUGUGUAACGCGUUGUUGGUAGCCAUGCCAUAAUAAUCCACUUGUGUUUUCGGUGACUGAUGUCGCCGUAUGCUGGGUUUGCGCACGCGCAAUUUUUUCCCCGACAACAAUUCAGUAUCUAACAUCGAAGCAACGUGGUUCGUCAUUUUCAAUGCAUGAUAGCAGUACACAACUUUCAGAAGCACGUGCUAACGGCAGUAGUCUGUGGGGCUGCCAAAACGUUAAGUGACGUGUACCCUGACAACGUAAAGAUUGGUAUUCUCGGAAGUCUUCCCGGUCGCCCGUGAGUCAGUUACUACACAGCCCGUGAACCCUCUGACUUGAAGGUUUGGCAUCUCUGCCGAGUGGUGAAAUCGCAAUAUUUAAAGUAGAAGGUGCUCGUAGCAAGGAAACUAGCCUACGACAGCAGUAUUUAGGAAAUUCGAUUUCAGGGUCCGAGCCUCACUUUUGCAUUUCUUCUGAUCAUUUCGUCGCCACCAUUGAAAGCUACAAUUUCAUAGUAGGAUGUGUGCAAGUCCACGACGACUGCUAUGUGCUGUGUAAAAUCUUCUCUUUCGGAUAAUGUGAGGUUUUCUUCUAAGCAGACUCUCCAAUGAGUCAAGUUUGAUGUUGUAAGCUGAAUUUCUUCAUUGCACUACGUUUGAGGUAUGCAUUCAGUUUUUACGGUGCGGGCGCGUUCCAUUGUGUUGUCUAGACUACAUUUAUGUGUAGCUCGACCGCUCUACAGCAGCAGCGGUAGGUAGUAGAUAAAUUAGAUGUUUACCUGUGUUUCACCUUGUCCGGGUGGGACAAUGCCGGAAGGUGUAGACUGGCGCAUUGAACAGACGGGACGAAAACACCCAUCAGAACGCACUUUUGAACAUCCUG